CAGUUCACCCAAACUAAUCGAUCUGAUCGUCGGUGUUAUUUCAAGUUCCAGAUUGAAUUAAAAAAAAUCAAAAUUAAAAAUUUUAUUUUAUUUAUAGAUGUCAGAUUGUUGCUACUUUAGGAAUAUAUCUGAAAGUUUAUCAUAGAGAUUCAAUGAACUCUCUCACUCACUCACUCACUGAGAGCAUGUCUUCAAAACCGGAGACAACCUGUCGAACUCAUUCAGCGUGUCAAAAUUCGGUAAACCUGUGUUUCAUCGAUUUCCGUUCCUAAAUCUCCACGAUUUACCACCUGAUCGUCAAAACGGAAACUAUUUUUUUUGUCUUGUUUUGUUAAUCUCAUUGGUCUUUGUUAAUACUUUGUGCUUGAAUUAAUUUUUUAAUAAAACUCUGUGCUUUAUGUUUGCAAACGUAACUUCAUAGUUCAUGUUGAUGGACGAUGAUCUCCCUUGCAUGUGGCCUCCAUUGCCUCUUUCCAUUUCGCUAAGAACUUUAGCACCUCCAAGCUCAAAACUUUCUGCUAAUCAAAGAAUACAAACAAAAUACAUAAUUCACUGUUUUUCUUGAAAAAAAAAACCAAUAGUUAGUAAAGUAAUCGUGUACUUCAUCUCUGGGAGUCACAGUGGAUCCAAGAAAAUUGUGUUUCUUCACAGGGGGAGAGAGAGAGAGAGAGAGAGAGAGAGAGAGAGAGAGAGAGAAGAGUUUUGGUUGCAUUUUUGUGUUCACUUUCAUUGAAUUGAUUUGGCGUCGUGUUGUGCUGUGCAGUGACCAUGGCACUCCCGUGAGAGGGACAAAAGGGAAAACAAAUAGUAUUAUAGGAUCAACCUCCUUAUCCUGCGCACCUCUCUCUUUUCCUGCACCAACGACUACCCCAGUCCACUCCCUGGUGGUCUCCUCAAUUUCUCCAAGGGGACCCCUCCCCUGCGAAUGCAAACCUCUAAUGAUAAUCGUCAGUGCACGUUGUUGCACUUUCCGCAAAAUUUAUGUGACCCCAUUUGUACCUGAUGUUUUCUUAUCACUCUCUAACCGCUUCGUCACGCCCUGAUCUGCUUGGAUUUGGGCUUACUUUGAUGAAAGAACAAGACCCAUUUGCGCUUAUUGGCUGUGAUUCUCGAAUUCAUUCUGUUUCAGAUCUGGGUCUCUGUAAAGAUAUUUAUUGCAGAGAAAAGGAUCUUUCUUUUUGAGCAGCUGGUGCCAUUCCUUUGAAUUCUUGGGGUACAUGAAUGCCAAGGCUGUCCAAUGUGGUUUAGUCAUGUGAAAAUUUGUGUCAAUGUGGUCUAAUUUGUUUUGUGUGGAUGGAUGUAUGCGAGUCACAGCAAGCAUUGCGGAAGCACAGGGCAGUGGGGACGCCAAGACCACCGUUGGUCUCGGCCGAAAAGAACAAUGCAGUCACCACCGGCCGCCCUCAGACGAGGGACGUUAGUUCUAGGUACAAGUCACCUUCCCCUGCAAGGCCGGCCACUCCCCGGCGUUUCCCUUCUCCGAACCUCGCAAGAACACCGCCGACUUCCUCCCAUGUGGCAUCUAAGAGAGCCCAAUCAGCCGAGAGGAAGCGGCCUUCUACACCCUCUUCCCCAUCUAGGCCGUCCACACCAGUCCAUGAUUCAACGGUUAAUAUACAAUUGUCAUCCAGAAGAAUAGGGCAUGGUCGGUCACCAGAGGGUUUAUGGCCUUCCACGAUGCGUAGUUUGAGUGUUUCAUUUCAAUCUGAUGCCAUAUCAAUUCCUAUUGGUAAGAAGGAAAAACCGGUGAAUGCUUCUUCAGACCGCACUUUGCGGCCGGCAUCAAAUGUUGCACAUAAACAGGUAGAGACACCUUCUAUGGCGCGCAAAACUACGCCGGAGAGGAAGAGGAGUCCUCUUAAAGGAAAGAAUGUGCCUGAUCAGUUGGAGAAUUCUAGACCAGUUGAUGGUUUACAUAGCCGACUUAGAGAUCAGCAUCGAUGGCCAAGUAGAAUAGGUGGGAAGGUAAAUUCCAAUGCUUUGAGUAAAAUUGUGGAUCUUAGUGACAAGACAAUCGGCGCUUUAAGUGCCCCAGUCCCGGGAAUUGGGUUAUCUCUGUCGAGGAGAACACCUACUACAUCUGAUGGUAUAGGUAAACAGUUACAAAAGUCUGCAAGCGAUGGCACGAGGCUGUUAUCGACACUUAAUGGGAGUGCUGGAUUAGGAUUUGAGGCAAAUUCAAUUGACGGUAAUCCACUGCAGGUAGUUGGACCUCACAAGUCUGUUUCUACUAGUUUAUCAGAUGGGACAACAUCAGUGACGCCUGCAGCUCGAUCCCAGUCUUUACCCAGUCCUAGAUCACGGCUACCUUCUCCUAAUAAGGCCUCGGUGGUGUCAUCCUCUGUUAGUAGAGGUGUCAGUCCAUCUCGGACCAGACCAUCAACUCCUCCUCCAGUAGGGAUUAGUCCAUCUCGGAUUCGGCCUUCCAAUCCUUCUACUCAAUCCAACGGUACUGCUUCUGUGCUUAGUUUUAUUGCGGAUGUUAAAAAGGGAAAAAAGGGUACAAGCUACAUAGAAGAUGCUCAUCAACUGCGACUGCUAUACAACAGAUGUUUGCAAUGGAGAUUUGCAAAUGCCCGGGCCAAGGCUGUAUUUUAUAUUCAGAAUGUAAUUGCAGAGAGAACUUUAUUUAAUGUUUGGAACAACACUACACUAGAUCUGUGGGAUUCAGUAAUCAGGAAAAGAAUCAAUCUCCAACAGUUGAAGCUAAAGCUUAAGCUAAACUCAGUUUUGAAUGAUCAAAUGGCCUACCUCAAUGAUUGGGCUCUACUUGAAAACGAUCAUAUUCAUUCUUUAUCUGGGGCUGUGGAAGAUUUAGAGGCAAGCACUGUUCGUCUUCCAGUAACCACAGGGGCAUGGGCAGAUAUCGAAUCUUUGAAGGCUGCCAUUUCCUCUGCUGUUGAUGUUAUGCAGGCAAUGGGAUCCUCUAUAGGCUCUUUGCUCUCGAGGGUGGAGGGCAUGAACAUUCUGGUUUCUGAACUUGCUGUCAUGGCAGCACAGGAGAAAGCCACAGUUGAUGAAUGUGAAGCAAUGUUGGCUUCAAUGGCCGCUAUGCAGGUAGAGGAAUACAGCCUUAGGACACAUCUCAUGCAAAUGGAACAAGAUCUGGAGAAUGGUAAGCAACCAAUUUUGUCAAUCAAGACGCUUCCAUGGCCCUGACCGGCUGCUAAGCUAACAACUUACUGCUUUGUCACUUCAGCAGAUACAAAUAAUUGUCUGCUCGGUUCAUUGUGAAUGUAAAUUAUUUAUUUAUUUAUCUUCUUUUCUAUUUUAAAGUUUUUUUUUAUGAUAAUUAAUCAUGUUUUAUCUCAUUUUUUACUCUUUCCUCGACACGAGCUAUUGGCUCCAUCUUCUACUUGUAAUUUUUGUAUCAUGCACAUGAAAAGAAAAUGCAAAGGAAGCAAAAAAAAAAUGAAAUUCAUUGA